AGCAGUGAUGUUCGAAGCCCAGCCGGAUGCUGGACGCUUCAUUUGAGGUCUCAGGCGCCUCCGUUCUUCUGUUUCUCGUCUCUGUACCGGAGAGAUUCUCACCUCGGUCAAUGGGCAGCUCGCUCCUGUUCCUCCGGUGGAGAAGAGCCGGUGAGCUGUGUGACCGUGAGCCGGUGUGGGAGAGCUGAGGAACGGGACAGAAACAGACAGAGAGAGAGAGAGAGAGACAGAGAGAGAGAGAGGAAUCGACUGAAAGGGAAAAGGCGGCGGAGCGGUGAAAAGAUGCGGCGGCGGCGGAGCGGUGUCCUGGAGUUGCGCGUGCGUCCGGUGCUGUUUUGGCUCGCGCUGUGCUCGGCGGCGGUGACGGUGGCGGCGGCGCGGGGGUCACAGCACGGCAUCCCGCUCGGAGUGGUUAAACUGUGGGCUUCAGCAUUCGGGGGUGAAAUCAAAUCCAUCGCCACAAAAUACUCUGGUUCACAAGUCCUGCAGAAGAAAUGUAAGGAGUACGAGCGUACAGUUCAGAUGGAGGAGGCUGACGGAGCCAAGCUGGUGCAGAGCAUCUCUGAGAAAAUGGCUGAAAUGUUCCGCAGCAAAGCGCAAGCUGCACAGAGGCUGGUGGAGGCGGCGGAGGAGGCGCACUUACAGCAUGAGGAGAACCCCGAGCUGCAGUACAAGUACUUUAACGCUGUCCUGAUAAAUGAAGUGGAUGAGGACGGAAACAGCGUGGAGUUGGGAGGAGAGUUUAUCCUGGAGCCCAACGAUCACUUUAACAACCUGUCAGUCAACCUGACUCUGAGUGUGGUGCAGGUCCCCACCAACAUGUACAACAAAGAUCCUGACAUAGUGAACGGUGUGUACUGGUCUGAGGCUCUGAAUAAAGUGUUUGUGGAUAAUUUCGAGAAGGACCCCUCACUCAUCUGGCAGUAUUUUGGAAGUGCGAAGGGUUUUUUCAGACAAUACCCAGGUGUGAAAUGGUAUCCUGAUGAACACGGAGUCAUCUCGUUCGACUGCCGCAACAGAAAAUGGUACAUCCAGGCAGCUACGUCUCCGAAGGACGUGGUGAUCCUGGUGGACGUGAGUGGGAGUAUGAAGGGGCUCCGGCUCACCAUCGCCCGGCAGACCGUCUCCUCCAUCCUGGACACGCUGGGAGACGACGACUUCUUCAACAUCAUCGCUUAUAAUCAGGAGAUUCAUUACGUGGAAUCGUGUCUGAAUGGAACUCUGGUGCAGGCCGACAAAACCAAUAAAGAUCAUUUCCGAGCUCAUCUCGACCGGCUGUUUGCGAAAGGCAUCGGGCUGCUGGGAGACGCUCUGACUGAAGCUUUCACAGUUCUUAACGAGUUUAACCAAGCAGGCCGUGGGAGUGUGUGCAGUCGGGCCAUCAUGCUGGUGACGGACGGAGCCACUGAAAUGUAUGACGACGUUUUCGCCAAGUACAACUGGCCCGAGCGGAAGGUGCGCAUUUUCCCUUAUCUGAUUGGACGAGAGUCAGCAUUCGCAGAUAACCUGAAAUGGAUGGCGUGUGCUAACAAAGGUUAUUUCAGUCAGAUCUCCACCCUGGCUGAUGUUCAGGAGAAUGUGAUGAGGUAUCUGCACGUCAUGAGCCGCCCAAAAGUCAUUGACCAUGAGCACGACACGGUGUGGACCGAGGCCUACGUGGACCAGGCUCUCGCUCAGGCUCAUAAGCUUUCUGCACGCGACGGUCCGAAUCCCAUGACCACGGUGGCCAUGCCUGUCUUCAGCACCAAGAAUGAGACGAAAAACCAAGGCAUUCUCCUGGGUGUAGUGGGAAUAGACAUUCCCAUUCAGGACCUGAUGAAAACCGUCCCGAAACACAAGCUGGGAAUUCACGGUUACGCGUUUGCUGUCACCAAUAACGGCUACAUCCUCAUGCAUCCAGACCUCCGACAUCUGUACCAGGACGGUCAGAAGAGAUGGAAGGCCCAUUACAGCAGUGUUGACCUGUCUGAGGUGGAGUGGGAAGACACUGAUAAUUAUCUCAGGAAUGCCAUGGUGAACAGAAAAACAGGUACCUUCUCCAUGGAGGUGAAGAGGACGGUGGAUAGAGGGAAACGUGUUUUAUCGAUGCACAAUGAUUACUACUUCACCGACAUCAGAGGAACUUCGUACAGUGUUGGAGUGGCUUUGUCUCGAGGUCAUGGAAAGCACUUCUUUAAGGGAAAUGUUUCACUGGAAGCAGGUCUGCGUGAUCUGGACCAGCCGGGCGUGGCCCUGGCAGAUGAAUGGACGUACUGCAACACUGAUGAGCAUCACGAGCAUCGCUACCUGACGCAGGUUCAGGCCAUCAAACUCUACCUGACGGGUCGCAAACCACACCUCAAGUGCGACAGGGAACUGAUCCAGCAGGUUCUGUUUGACGCCGUGAUCACCGCUCCACUCAAGUCCUACUGGACUGGCCUCGCUCUCAACAAGUCAGAGAAUCCUGAUAAAGGAGUGGAGAUCGCCUUCCUCGGCACUCGCACUGGUCUCUCCAGAACCAACCUGUUCGUUGUCCCGGAGCAGCUGUCCAAUCAGGAUCUGCUGAGGGCGGAGGAUAAGGAGGGCAUCUUUAAUGCGGAUCACUUUCCCCUGUGGUACAAGAGAGCAGCUGAGCAAAUUCCCGGCACCUUCGUUUACUCAAUUCCCUUUAGUUCAGCGCAGUAUAAUAAGAGUGUGGUGUUAGCCAGCACUGCUAUCCAGCUCCUGGAUGAGAGGAAGUCUCCUAUUGUGGCUGCUGUCGGGAUUCAGAUGAAACUGGAAUUCUUUCAGAGGAAGUUUUGGACAGCGAGCCGACAGUGUCACGCUCUGGAUGGGAAAUGCAGCAUCAGCUGUGACAAUGAGGAUAUUAAAUGUUACCUGAUCGACAACAACGGCUUCAUCCUGGUGUCUGAGGAUUACUCUCAGACGGGGCUCUUCUUUGGAGAGGUGGAGGGGGCCGUCAUGAACAAACUGCUCAUCAUGGGCUCUUUUAAAAGGAUCACUCUGUAUGAUUAUCAGGCUCUGUGUAAGGAGUACGUAGGCAGCAGUGACAGUGGGCGCACUUUACUGAACCCAUUUGCUGCUGUAAAGUGGCUCAUCAGUGAAAUUAUCCUAUUCCUGCUUGAGUUUAACUUUUACAGCUGGUGGAGUUGGGACUCGACUGUAAAAGCUGACAGAGCGAACAGGAGGGCGAUGCUGGUGCCAUGUGAUAUGGAGUACCCUGUGUUUGUCUCAGAGCGCACGAUCAAAGAGACGGCAGGCAGCAUCGACUGCAACGGCUGUAUCAGGACAUUUGUCAUUCAGCAGAUCCCCAGCAGUAACCUCUUCAUGGUCGUUGUGGAGAACAAGUGUGACUGUAGCUCCACCCCUCCAGUUACCAUGGAGCCGAUCGAGAUCAUCUACAAUGAGUCUCUUAAGUGCGAGACGCUGAAGUUUCAGAAGGACCGCAAACGUCCUGACUCCUGUCACCCCUUCCAUCCUGAGGAAAAUGCCAUGGAGUGCGGCUCAGCCGUGACACUUUCUCCCACGCUCGCUGCCGCUUUGAUCCCCCUCCUGAUCUUCCUCACUUCCAGGUGACCUUUGACGUGAUCUUCGACCUCCAGUGAUCGGAGGGAUCAUCCUCGCUAACGCUAAACGGGGUGAAAACAAAAAUAAUACAGUUCAAAUGCAGCUUGCUAACAGAAUCAAACUCAUCCUUAUGACCUCAAAACGAAACCUGCUGACACUUUGGAGGCUCAGUGACCUUUAUAUGACCUUAAAGAAUGUCCAACUGUGAAGGGAGUGAUCGGAAAUGGGCGUGACCCAAACGCUAGAAGGGUCUAACAAUUCAUUCUAAUGAGAAAAUUCCAGUUGGUACCGUAUGAUGUGUGGAAAGAAAGUAAUGAUAAUUGUGCUCUGGCUGCCAUUUUGUAGCUCGCAGCCUGCUCUUAAAUUAGCAGCUAAAAGCGUUUCACUCUCCUUCUCAGCUAAAUGUGGCGCAGAGACGCUAAACACGAUGAACUUUCUGCUUUAUUACAUGACAGUUAUCUCAAUGUUAUAUUUGUGAACUGCUUCUGAGCGUUCAGUCUAACGUAUGCUAGCAGGACACCAUAGAGACGCCGUAUGAACAAAUUCUCUUCACCCUUUGCUUUGAGAUACGAAUCACAAACAUGGAGAUGUGAAUUUAGCGUUUGGGACACGACCGUGUUCAGGGUUUUAUCUUUAAUCUGAGCCAUGAGUCCUGUGUCAUGUGGGAGACGAACGUGCUGAUAAUAAAUCACUGCUUUUUGUAAAUUCAUCCAAAAAUUCAAUCCAGUUGUUUAUGAGCAACUGGGGAAAAAAUGUUUCUUGGUUAAUUUCAUUUCCAUUCGUCUGCCUGUCAUUUUUUAGACGCUAUACUUUAAUUAAAGGAAAU